AUGGAUUACACAGCACGAAGAAGUGGAGGAGGUGUGUUCGAAGGUAUCUACAAGUUGAUUAUGCGCCGAAACUCCAUCUACGUCACCUUCGUCAUAGCCGGCGCUUUUGCCGGUGAGCGGGCUGUGGAUUAUGGAGUUCGUAAACUGUGGGAGCACAACAAUAUUGGGAAACGUUAUGAAGAUAUUCCAGUUUUGGGGCAAAGGCCAACAGAAUGA